UCAAAGGUUACCGAAGAGAAAGGAGGUGCACAGAUCUACACACCGAUCGCAAAGAGAAGGAAACAUAGAGAGAGAGAGAGAGAGAUGCAAGAAGGGGGAGAGAAGGAGAGAGAAUUCAGGGGAAGACAAGGACAUCAUGGUUUCAAUCACGGAGACUCAGAAGAUUGGUGUUGGUCUCACAGGCUUUGGCCUCUUCUUUCUGCUCUUUGGCGUGCUGCUGUACUUUGACUCUGUCUUGCUGGCGUUUGGGAAUGUUCUGUUUCUGACUGGUCUGACGUUCAUCAUUGGCCUGAGGAGGUCGGCCGGUUUCUUCUUCCAGAGACAGAAGCUCAGAGGCUCCACCUUCUUCCUGGGGGGCGUGGCCUUGGUGCUGUUCCGCUGGCCAAUCAUCGGUAUGGCCGUGGAGAGCUAUGGCUUCGUGCUCCUGUUCAGGACAUUCUUCCCUGUGGCGUGUGGAUUCAUUUUAUCGUUGGUGAAUAUACCCUAUCUCAAUGUGUUGUACAACAGCUUCCUAGGAAGUAGCCCUUCUAUUGUCUGAGGAAAGGGAGAGAGAGAAGCCAAAAAAGAAGAGAGGAGGAAUGGAAGUGAUGGAUGACAAAAGGAGAAGUGUAUUUGGGCUCAGACUGGCUAUAACCUUUGACAGAGACUGAUGGAGCGGGGAGGGGGCUUAGAGCCUUCCCCCAUCAACAACCAUGAACCAACCAAUGGACUCUUCUUCUUGAAAUGUUUACAGAAACAUGAACCACCACAUGAUGUGUGGCAAUGACUAGCUGCCAUACCCCUAAUGCACAGGGUUGGGUGCAACCGAUUACAUGUAAUCAAUGGCGUAAUCAUUUACAAGAAACUGUAACUGCAAUCAGUUACGUUACAAGCAGAAAUAUUGUAAUCAGAUUACAGAUACUUUUGAAAAACUAGGUGAUUAGUUCUUGGAUUACUUUUACAUUUAGCAAGGAUGUUUGCAGAAAAAAAUACAUUAUGACACCUUUCUGUUUUCUCAAUUCAGCAUUGACAAAAAGGUAUGUUUAAGUUUCUUCAGCCUGAGAGAGUCUGACCACAAGUCAGAGACCACUAUGAUGCGUUUGAUGGAUCCUUUUUGUCUUCUUCUAAUGCCUCUUAAGAGGAAAGCAUUCAAAAAGCAACCUAAAGUUAUCAGAUUAUUACUUAGUUUGGGUAAUCAUUUAGAAAGUAACCUACCCAACCCUGCUAUGUAUUUAUAAUAAAACCAUAUUUUUGAUCUACAGUUUAUCAUACCCUUUACUAUAGUUGUAGUCAAGCAACUACGAGCCCUUUUGUUAAACACACUUUGGGCUCGAUUCAAUCCAUAGUGCUGAAGUGCGAUAGAAAUGUAUAGUCAAUGUUCCGCCGUUCGAAGAGACUGCAUUUAUGGUUAAUGCUGUAUAUGUUGGUUCAAUCGAAAUUAACUUUACAUUUCCCUCUAAAGUGUGGAUCUUCAGCGCUACGGAUUGAAUCGAGCCCUACACAUAUUUAUUUACAGUGCAUUCGGAAUGUAUUCAGACCCCUUGAUUUGUUCCAUAUUUUGUUACGUUACAGCCUUCUAAAAUGUACUAAAUAAUUUCAUCCCCUCGUCAAUCUACACACAAUACACCAUAAUGACAGAGCAAAAACAUGUUUUUAGAAAUUUUUGCAAAUGUAUUACAAAUAAAAAACAAGUAUUCAGACCCUUUGUUAUGAGACUCAAAAUUAAGCUCAGCUGAAUCCUUUUUCCAUUGAUUAUUCUUAAGAUGUUUAUUAAACUUGAUUGGAGUCCACAUGUGGUAAAUGUAAUUAAAAGGACAUGAUUUGGAAAGGCACAAACCUCUAUAUAAGGUCCCACAGUUGACAGUGCAUUUCAGAGCAAAAACCAUGCCAUGAGGUUGAAGGAGUUGUCCGUAGAGCUCAGAGACAGGAUUGUGUUGAGGUACAGAUCUGGGGAAUGGUACUAAAUAAUUACUGCAACAUUGAAGGUCCCCAAGAACACAGUGGCCUCCAUCAUUCUUAAAUGGAAUACAUUUUGAACCACCAAGACUCUCCCUAGAGCUGGCCGCCAGGCCAAACUGAGCAAUCGGGGGAGAAGGGCCUUGGUCAGGGAGGUGACCCGAUGGUCACUCUCACAGGGCUCCAGAGUUCCUCUGUGGCACUCCACCAAUCAGGUUUUUAUAGUAGAGUGGCCAGACAGAAGCCACUCCUCAGUAAAAGGAACAUGAUAGCCCGCUUGGAGUUUGCUAAAAGGCACCUAAAAACUCUCAGACGAUGAGAAACAAGAUUCUCUGGUCUGAUGAAACCAAGAUAGAACUCUUUCGCCUGAAUACCACACGUAUGGAAGAAACCUGGCAUCAUCCCUACGGUGAAGCAUGGUGGUGGCAGCACCAUGCUAUGGGGAUGUUUUUCAAUGACAGGGACUGGGAGACUGAUCAGGAUUGAGGGAAAGAUGAACAGAACAAAGUACAGAGAGAUCCUUGAUGAAAACCUACUCCAGGUCAGAACAACAGAUUUUUACUUUGUCAGCUCGGAGAUUUGAUCUAGCAACCUUUUGGUUACUGGCCCAAUGCUCUAACCACUUAUUUACCUGCCACCCCAGGUAUAUAAAUAAUAUAUAUAUAUUUUUAAAUCCAUUUUAGAAUAAGGCUGUAAGGUAACAAAAUGUGGAAAAAAGCCAAGGGGUCUGAAUAGUUUCAGAAUGAACUGUAUUUCCAUGGUAUGUUGUACAUUUAGAAAGUGUUGUGUGUUACCUUUAUAACAUUUACUUAUGUGAUAAUGCCCGAGAAGCCGGUGUUUGGAGGAUAUACAGUACCAGUCAAAAGUUUGGACACGUUGACAAGUUGAUAAAUGGCUGGGCUAAUAAGACAAUGCGUUGCACGGUCAGAUGGAACAGAGUAAAUAGGCAUUUUAACAUCAUAGAUUUAGCCAAUGGUAACUUCUGGAAACAGACACCGGCUGGAAUGUGGUUUUAACCAAUCAGCCUUCAGGAUUAGACCUCCCAUUGUAUAAUAGUAGAUAUACCUUUGAUUAUCAGAAUGUCUAGUGAAUUACUUUUUCCACUCCUUUUGCGGGGGAAAUGGACUAGCAAAUGUAGCCAGUGCUAUUUUGUAACAUCCCACCCCGCUUUUGUGUAGUUUAAGUACAAGGAACAACAUCAAGAAGACAUUGGGUAUGAGGCUACAUAUUCAUGAAACCACUUCUCCUUUGCAAUGUUCCAUUAUUUUGUUUAUAGUCCGGAUGAUCAUGACAUGUUCCAUUAUUUUGUUUAUUGUCCGGAUGAUCUUGACAUGUUCCAUUACUUUGUUUAUAGUCCGGAUGAUCAUGACAUGUUCCAUUAUUUUGUUUAUAGUCCGGAUGAUCAUGACAUGUUCCAUUAUUUUGUUUAUUGUCCGGAUGAUAAUGACAUGUUCCAUUAUUUUGUUUAUUGUCCGGAUGAUCAUGACAUGUUCCAUUAUUUUGUUUAUUGUCCGGAUGAUCGUGUCAUAAAACUAAAUUACCCUGCAUUA